AUGACUGCCAGACAGAGUGGACCCGCCGCUGUUUCUCUCACUGCUGCUGCUGCUGCUGCUACUACCACGCUGCCUAUCCCUAAAAAGUCAAGAACUAUAAAGACUGACAAACCAAGACCGUUCCUAUGUCCCAUCUGCACAAGAACAGAACAUUUAAAGAGACAUCAACGGUCUCACACGAGGGAAAAACCAUUCGUUUGUGUAUUUUGCGGUAGAUGCUUUGCUAGAAGAGAUUUAGUGCUAAGAUAUCAAACUAAAUUGCACUCCUCCAUCAUGAAUAAUUCAGCAACUCAUAACGAUAACAUAUUAGCAUCCACUGCCCAAUCAAAUUCAAAUUUGAAAUCUUUGGCUAAUACAAGAAGGAAAAGAAAUGACCAUGAUGAUACUUAUAAGCAUAUAGUUCAUAUUGAAGGUAAUAAACAGACAAUGUUGCCUGUCUUAAAUGACCCGCUGGGGAAGACAAACGAACAAUUACAAAAUGAUCUGAAAGAAAUUAUAAAGAAUCAAAAUAUUGACAUUUCUGUACCAACUUCAUCAAAUGGUGCUGCAAUAUUCCAUGAAGCCAUGGCACAACAACCCCAGCCACAGGAGCCACAGGAACCACAAAUGCCCACAAUCUCACCAUCGCUUUCAUCCACUGGUUCUUCCUCAUUUGACCCAUCUGCUCCCUUUGCCUCAUCAACAAGGGGUCGCCAAAGACAUGCAUCAUUCUCUGCAGCAGGUUCAUACACGUAUUCAUCAACUAACCUUUCCAAAGGUUUGCAAUUUGAUAAGGAACCAAGCCCCUCCACUGAAGCACCACAUCAAGUUGGAUUUUCGACUCCUCAAUUGACAACAAAGCAAUUGAUGGAUAAAGCCAUGGAAGUUGGUUUAUUGGACGCUGACGAUGUAAUAUUACCAGCACAGUCAUCAGUUAAUUUUCCCACUUUAGAUGACCCUCUACUACAAAAGCAAUUCUCUAGUUUAAAAAUUUUUGAACCCAAGCAAGAAAAUGGUGAAUCAAAUAAACAAAUCCCCAUCCCCACUGCCACUUCAGCUCCAAUAUUAUCACCAACAACUGCAUAUUUUAUGCAAGAUCCAAAACAUUCAGAAAGUGACGUAAAUUCUCCAUCGGCGUUUACACCUUCCACUUUCUUAAAAAAUUUACCUUCUUUGACUGACAUCUUAACAAUGGGACCAUCCGUAGGUGGUUCGUCAGGUUUUGAUACACCAGAUGCACCAAACAAUGACCAUAAUGGUAAAUCUCUCUUUGCCAAUAAUUUCAAUUUGGACUACUUCAAUUAUAACGACGACACACCAAUGGAAGAUGAAGCCAUAUCACCAAACGCAAUGAGUAAUGACCAAUUAGGACAAAAGCAAGACCAAAACCAUCAACGUGAACCAUCUAAUACCACAGGUAAUAUAGACACAGAAUCCGCUCAAUGGUUGAAUAAAUAUUUGGACAAUAAUAAAAAAUUCGAUUCAAGUAUUCAAUUUAAAAAUAUUAAUGAUAUUGGGUUUUACAAUUUUAACGACUCAGGCAAUUCAUCAAGUGGCGCUUCAUCACCAUCUGCCUCUGACUCUCAAUCAAAUUCAAACUCUGUUGAUAUACUGUCUAAUACAACUGACACUAUGACCAAUCUGAAGGCUCGUAUUAACAAUGGCAGCAACAGUGGAGGUAAAUCAAAUAGGAGUAGACGUGGGAGUAAUGUCAACUCAAAGAAAAAGAGGACAAGCUUAACACCAGAUAGAAGUCGUGUAGAUAAGAAAAGUAGAAGAAGGAAAAGCUCAGUUGGUAAUUUGAUCUCACAAUUAUUUACUACAAGGCAAUUGGAUUUACUAAAGGAGGAAUCAUUACAAAUAGUAUUACCCUCUCGAAACAAUGAACAAGUAUUUGAAGAAGAUGAUUAUGAAGAAGACGAAGAUGAUGAAGAUGGUGAGAUAUAUAUUACUCCCUCUAGGAUAUUAAACCCACUAUCCCUCAUGCAAGGAAACCAAAACGAAAAUCUUUUUACUCAAAAAUUGCAAUCUGCAUCAACUACUUCAUUUAAAGAAUUGAAUUUCUUUAAUGAAGAAUUAAGAAGUACGAUCAUAAUGGAGAACGAUCUAAAGCAAGACUCUCUUCCAACGGUAGCGGAAUUAAAUAAUUAUUUGAAAAUGUAUGAAAAUGAAUUUCAUAAAUAUUUCCCUUUCAUUCAUUUGGAAACCAUUGAACCAUCCAUUAAAAAUGCACCUUUGCUUCUUUCCAUAGCAAUGAUUGGCGCACUUUAUGCAUUCCAUUCGUCACAUUCCAAAUUUCUAUCCAUCAUCGCCACAAUAUAUGUUAAAAGAUUACUGGACACCACCAAGGAGGAUAACAUACCUUUAUGGGUCAUUCAAUCCACGAUUUUAUUGACAUUUAUGGGUAUAUUUAGUGAUGAUAUAAACGUCAUUAAAAAUAUGGAUUCUCAAUUAAUUACUUUGAACAAACUAAUUUUAAGGAAUAAAAUUAAUCUACCCUUAGAGACCCAAAUGCAACCACCAAUUAAUAAUCAUCAAUUCAGAAGAACACCACCAUCAUUGGGGAAAACAGCAACAAGGACGCCAACACCUCCGAAUGUUAUAACUUCAAAUCCAAAUCAUCCACAUGAAUUCUCAACCAUCGAAGGUGGUAGCAGUGAUGAGAAUAUUUUAGGUCAUGAUACUUUAGAAUUGGAACAAAAUGAAAAAUAUUUCCAAUAUUUUAUUCUUGCACAAUCCAGAAUUAGGACCUGUCAUGUGGUACUAUUAUUAUCCAAUUUAUUUGCUUCCAUGGUUGGAAUUGAUUGUUCCUUCCAUUCCAUUGAUUUAAGAUGUGGUACACCGUGCCAGAUUGAAACUUUGUUCCAUUGUUCUACCGCAUCGGAAUGGAUGAACCAACUAAGUUACAAUAAUAUCGUAUUAGAUUCCAAAUUCUCAUUGAUAACUCUAUCGAACGGUGAUUCUGCUUACGAAGAAUGUUUAAUGUACUUAUCAAAUGGUAAUCAAUUCUUUUAUGAGAAUAAUAAGAUCUCAUUACUUACUGCAUUGUCAUUAAUGGUCACCAUUCAUGAGAAGAUUUUCAUUGAAAGAAAGGCUCAGGAACAAAGAAAUUUUAACAGUGCCGAUAUUCAAAUGAAUGAUUUAACAUGGAAAAUGACAUCUCGUCCGAUUAUUGAUUCAAUGAUAAAGUACUGGGAAACUGUGUACAUGAAAAAUGGCGGAAUCUUACUCCCCACGGAACAAACUAUCCCAAUUAUCAAGAAUCAGCCAACAAUUCGUUUGACCAUUCCAUUAUAUUUAUUUGUUAAGAUUAGAAGAUGUCUGGAUUUGACUCAUGUUAUGAAUAGAAUUUGGUUAAAGGAUUGGAAUAAGAUGAACACUAUUUUAGAUGAAGUUUGCUAUGACUGGGACUCAUUGCAAGAAGCCACAGAGUACUCGCUAAGUAUGAUUAACUCAUGGGUGUCUGUACUAUGUGUGACUAGAGUUAAUGGUAGCUCUACAAAUUUCAGGACCCCCGUCUUUACAACAAUGUGCGUCUUUGUUACUAUUUUAGUCAUUGCCGAGUAUUUGAAGAGGAUUGAAUUAUGGGCUUCUCAGUAUGAUCCUAUGGAUCAAAUGCCAACUACGUUAAGAAUAUCAGAUAGAAUCCUUUGGUUGAAAACAGAAUCUGUCCUAAAAAGAGUACAAAAGAAAUUAUUACCUCAGGGAGACUUAAUGAAAUCUUAUGUGGAAUUCCUUAGAUUACAAAAUGAUACAAAUGGAUCAUUUGAUAUUAAACCAUUAUCCGAUGAAUUAGUUCAAAGAUGUAUGGGACCCGAGGCUCCAUUACAAGAUACCGUCCAUUUGAUUAAUAAGGCUAAGUUAUCCUCCAGAUGUUUAUACUUGGGUGUGAGAAUAUUAGGGGAUGCUCCAAUUUGGCCUAUUGCCCUAUCCUUUGCUCAUGCCUUGCAGUCUAGAGCUAUUUAUAAUGUUUUGAACAGAAGAUCAUCAAAUGCUAGUAUCAAUACUGAUACCCCAGAUGUUCUGUCGAGAAUGGGUUCAUCCCAUCUCCAGCAUGAAGUAACGUUUAUUUGA